GUUGACACCUCCGAGUCUGUCAAUCCAGGAGAGUGCGUGUGGACCAUGCACUAGCAAUAUGCCUUUUAACUUGACAACAAUACGUGAUUUUUGUUCAAAUUGUCCUCCCUGGAAACAUAAAAAAGACGGAGAAAACGGAGACAACCCUGAGGCAAAUGGCAGAGACAACAACAGUUUUGCAUGUUCAGAGUCAGAGUAUGGAGAGGAAGACGCCGAGGAAGAGCCUGAACCCAUUAAGUAUUUCCCUCACAACUCCACAAAGCAAGUGAAGCCGCUGCCACUGCCACCAUCGGAUGAUACUGUAGGCAUCUACAAGGCGCUGUGGCCAUUCGAUGCGCGGGCAGGGGAGGAAUUGUCUUUUGAGACGAACGACUUGUUCAGAGUUACAGAGCGGUCGGGGGACUGGUGGAAAGCGGAGAAACUCGUCAAUGGACAGGUGGUGGCCAGCGGUGUUGUACCCUAUAAUUAUCUUGUUAAAGGAGAGACAUUAGAAUCUCAGCCGUGGUAUUUUGGAAAGCUAAGUCGGUUUGAGACCCAAAACCUCCUUAUCACUUCUACAAAUCCUGAAGGUGCAUUCCUGGUACGACGCAGUGAGAAGGAUGAUGUGGGAUAUGUCUUAUCUGUGAAGGCUGAUGAUAAGGCGAAGCAUUUCCAGAUCUUGCAGGGAGGGGGAGGGUUCUAUGUGGUGGCCAAUCGGGUGUUCCCAGAUGUGGCGGCCCUGGUGACGCACUACAGAAGCAACUUGCUGUCCACCAUCCAGAUUACAGAGGCCUGUGUCCGGAUGAAGCCAGAGCCACAGGAUCUUUCCCAUAUAACAGUGGAGAACUGGGAACGUCCCAAGACCGAGUUCACUCUUGGAGAGAUGCUGGGCUCAGGUCACUUUGCUGAAGUGUACCGUGGAAAGUGGAAAGAUGUUGCCAAUGUUGCUAUCAAGGUCCUGAAGAAAAAUGAUGACCUGGACCACCGUGAGUUCCAUCUGGAGGCACAGAUUCUGAAGAAGCUCCGCCACAAGCACCUCAUCUCACUCUUUGCCAUCAGCACCGAAGCCAUGCCCUUCUACAUCAUCACCGAGCUCAUGGCGAAGGGCAACCUGCAGCUCUUCCUCAGAGAUCCAGAGGGACAGAAUAUGGACUUACUCUCCCUGACGGACAUGGCCAUUCAGGUGUCCGAUGGCAUGGCCUACCUCGAGUCAGAGAGCAGCAUCCACCGUGACCUGGCCGCGCGGAACGUUCUGGUGGGAGAGGGAAACAUCUGCAAAGUGGCAGACUUCGGCCUCGCUCGAGUCAUCAAGGAGCCAUUUUAUGUUUCGGAUGACAAGACCAUCCCGUAUAAGUGGACUGCUCCGGAAGCCAUCAGCCACGGAAAAUUCUCGCACAAAUCAGAUGUCUGGUCGUUUGGAAUACUGCUCUUUGAAAUCUUCACUUAUGGAGGCCAUCCAUACCCAACUUAUUCAAACCAUCAGAUAUUCGAGCUCAUCACCAGCGGAUAUCGGAUGCCACGCCCAUCCAAAUGUUCAAGGCCCAUUUAUGACAUCAUGCAGAAAUGCUGGGGCUGGUCACCAGAGGAACGACCCAAAUUUAAGGAGCUCCGAUCCGAUUUGCAGUCCACACGUUCCUACGAUGAGUGAAUCCCAUAGAGCUGUGUUGACGAUCCGGAGGCAGUAGGGGGCAGUGAUGAGUUAGAGACAGAGCAGGAUGCAGACACAGCUCGGGAGCAACCACACGGUGGCAGCAGUUGGAGACGGGACACAAGUGAGUUUAAGAACUGGGGUGGUGGUGCCAUGUGGGCUCUGUGGCAGAAACAUACGUGACAUCAACUUGUCAAACGACUGUGGCACAUUCCUUUCAGUGGACUGAAGAUGAUGUGACAUGUAGUGCUCUUUGGAUCUGCUUGAGAAUGCCUCUGGAACAUGUGAACAAUGUUUUUCCGGAAACAUAAUGUGACUUGAAUUAGUUCUGAAUUAGUAUUACCAGAAUGUGUUAAGAAUUAUUAUUAUAUAUAUUAUAUAAUGAUUUUAUUGUGAUUAUCAUUACAGUGAUCUUCUUUUCACUACCUUUUAAUUGAGAACCCUCUGAAUAAGUCAUAAGUGUUUAUACUGCUUGUGUAAUAUAUUAACAGAAGGUAGGCCACCUUUGAGCCACUGCUGUCUGAAAUGGGGCCUUGAUAAUGAAUGAAUUGAUUUUAUAGCUGU